AUGUCGGUGGCGUUCUCGUCGGCGCGCCCCAGGAGUAAAGGGGAGGUGACGCAACAGACGAUACAAAAGAUGCUUGAUGAAAAUCAUCAUCUAAUACAGUGCAUAAUGGAUUACCAAAGCAAAGGCAAGACAGCAGAAUGCACACAGUACCAACAGAUCCUGCACAGAAACCUUGUUUACUUGGCCACAAUAGCAGAUUCUAACCAGAACAUGCAGUCACUGUUACCUGCUCCUCCCACUUCCAGUAUGUCUGUGGGUCCCGGAGGGUUGGGCCAAAGUGCAACACACUCUCAGAGUAACCUCAAUGACAACAUGGCUCCAGGACUUCCGCCAGCAUCAAUGAUGCAGAGUCAAAUGAGCAACGGCCCCAGCCAUACCCCCAUGCAGCAGCAGCAGCAGCAGCAGCAGCAGCAGUCUGGUCAGUUGCAGUCGGCUAUUCCCUCCUCAUCCCUCAGCCUGCCAGCCGGCAACUACGGUGGCUCAGCCCCAGCCUCCGGUUACAGCCACCCUGCUCCCUCCUCCCAGGGCAGCAUGAUCCAGGGCCCCGGGCCCAGCUAUGGUUCUUCCUCCUCUUCUUCCUCCACUUCCUCUUCCUCCUCCUCCUCCUCCCGCAGCAACCUCAACAUGCAGUCUAACCAAGUCUCCAUGAUGCACCAACAGUCUGCCACUCCACACUACUCCUCAGCCCAGGCUGGGAGCCAACACUAUCAGGGACAGCAAGCCAUGGGCAUGAUGGGUCAGGGCAGCCAAGGAAACAGUAUGAUGUCUCAGAGACCCAUGGGAUCUUACCGCUCCUCACAGCAAGGAUCUGCACAGCAGUACAUGGGACAAGACGAGUUCUACGGAGAGCAGUAUGGACAUACUCAGAGCUCCAGCGAGCCCAUAAACCAGCAGUAUUACCCUGAUGGUCAUGGGGAGUACUCAUACCAGCAGUCUUCAUAUGGUGAGCAAAGCUAUGAGAGGCCCUUUGAUGAAUCUUCACAACACUACUAUGAAGGAGGCAACUCUCAGUACAGCCAGCAGCAGGCCCAGUACCAGCCAGGCUCUGGCCAACAACAGCCCUUUAGCCAACAGCAGUACUCUUCUCAACAGGGCUACAGUGGACAGCCACAGGGAUAUGGUCCAAGCCAGGGUGGCUCCUCACAGUACUCACAGUAUCAGCCGGGUCAAGGCCAACAGUAUAGCUCCUACCGCUCAUCCCAGGGAGGCCCUGGACCACAGACACAGAGACCGUAUACCUAUGAACAGGGCCAAUAUGGAAACUAUCAGCAAUAAAGAAUCAGAUUGUUUUCCUGCGGGAUGAAAGUUGCAGAGGAAAUGUCCUGGGAGCGCCACUCAGCCGUG